AUGUUCCUGGUGACGACAGACACGGACAAGUACAUGCUCGAGUUCCAGGAGAACGCACACCCGCUCUCCGACGUCAGGGCUGAGAUCCUGCGGUUCAAGAGCUCCAUGGACAAGAUCCAAGAUCUGUUCCCGCACUCAGUCCCUCUGAGGAUGCACCAGAUCGCGCUGAAGCAGUUCAAGCAGGACGUGCAGGGGAAGGUCAACGACGUCAGCCAGCGGAUCCUGCUCAGCGUCUCCAGGCAGAUGGUUGAGAGGAGCAGCUCGACCAAGGAACACUUCGACGGCAUCGUCGCUCGUAUCAAGAAGAUCCCGAGGUCCGCGGAGGAGCUCUCAGAGCUGCAGGAGUACAUCGCUGGGCUGCACGUGGAAGUGAACGAGCUGGAGAUCGAGAUCGCCGACAUCGGCAAGGAUGUUGAGCUGCUCAACGAUUUCCAGUUUGAGAUCAGCCAGCACGACGUUGGAGUGUUCUGGGAGGUCUUUGGGCAGCCGUCCAACGUGAUCAGGAUCAGGGCCGAGUCGCAGGAGAGGCAGGAAGAGGAGAGGAUGAAGUUCAUGCAGGAGCUGCACGAGAGCACGGUGGAGUUCAAGCAAGAGCUGUCCUCUGUGGAGGUGGAGAUCGAGAAGCUUUAUACCUACUCCGACUUCGACUCGGCGGAGGAGUACGCCGGCAACGUGCAGCUGCUCCAGAUGAGGCUCAAAGAGGCCAAGGACAAGGCGGUGCUGGUCAACUCCAGGGAGAAACUGUUCAACCUGGAGGUGACGGACUUUGAAGACAUUGACAGGAUCUCCAAGGACUUCGAGCCGUACGCCAACCUCUGGACCAUCGCCGCGGCCUUCAACAGCUCCUUCCCCAACUGGAUGUACGGGCCCUUCACCUCCCUGGACGCCGAGACGAUCGAGCAGAACGUGAUGCAGUGGUGGAAGUACGCCUUCAAGGCUGAGAGAACGUUCGAGGGCAAGAAGGAGCCGCAGCAGGUCGCCAAGAUCCUCAAGGAGAAGCUGGACCAGUUCAAGCCCUACCUCCCCAUCAUCCAGGGCCUCCGCACCCCCGGCAUGCGCGACCGGCACUGGGCCCAGCUGUCAACCACGGUCGGGGUGGAGAUAAAACCGGACGUGUCGCUGACGCUCAAGUACAUGCUGGAGCUUGGGAUCGAGAAGUACGGGGACGUGAUCACGGAGAUCUCCGAGGUGGCAAGCAAGGAGUACUCGUUCGAGAGGAACCUGGAGAGGAUGAAGCAAGACUGGCGGGACCUGACCUUCGAGCUGCAGCCCUACAAGGACACAGGGACGUUCGUCGUGCGGGCUGUUGAUGACAUCAUAACCCUGCUGGACGACCAGAUCGUCAAGGUGCAGGCCAUGAGAGGGUCGCCGUACGCCAAGGCGCUGGAGAACGUGGUGCUGGAGUGGAACCACCGGCUGUUCUACAUGCAGGAAGUACUGGACGAGUGGCUGAAGCUGCAGAAGACCUGGCUCUACCUCGAGCCCAUCUUCGCCUCCCCGGACAUCAUGCGGCAGAUGCCGACUGAGGGCCGCAGGUUUCAGAAGGUGGACCAGAUCUGGAGGGCCACCAUGGACGCGGCCAGCCAGGCGCCGCAGGUGCUGCAGGUCAUGGCGAUCGAGAACCUGAAGGCGAACUUCGUCGAGUGCAACAAGAUGCUUGACGUGGUACAGAAGGGACUGAACGACUACCUCGAGACGAAAAGGAGCUCCUUCCCAAGGUUCUACUUCCUCUCCAACGACGAGCUCCUCGAUAUCCUCUCGGAGACAAAGGACCCCCGCCGGGUGGUGCCCCAUCUCUCCAAGUGCUUCGAGGCGAUCAACGACGUUCAGUUCCGGGGCAAGACGCCGCAGGAGCUGCAGAGCGGCGAGAAGAACCUUGACAUCCUGGCCAUGGUCAGCGGGGAGGGAGAGGUUGUUCCCCUGGCAACGGCGGUGGAGCCGGAUGCUGAGAGAAACAGAGGGAGUGUCGAGCGAUGGCUGCUGGAGAUGGAGACUUCGAUGCGAGACACGCUCAAGGAUAUCGGACAGAGAGCCUUCGAGGCGUACAAGCACACGGCCAGGACUCAGUUCGUGCAGGAGUGGACGGGGAUGAUUGUGCUGGCUGCGGACUGUCUGUUCUGGACCAAGGACGUGGAGGAGGCGCUGAGGAAGGGAGGAGUGCGGGGGGUGACAGCGGUGGAGGAACGGAUGCAGGCAGAGCUGGCUGACAUCGUGCAGCUCGUGCGAGGUUCGAUAGGGAAGCAGGUGCGACUGAUCCUCGGGGCCAUGGUUGUCCUGGACGUGCACAACAAGGACGUCGUCACUCUGCUCAUCCGCAACAACUGCUCUGCCCCCGAGGAGUUCGACUGGAACUCCCAGCUGAGGUACUACCUGCAGGUCGCCAGCUACGACGCGCCAUGGCACAGGAAGGGGGAGGAGGUGGUGAUGACUAGGAUGAUGAAUGCGUCCCUCGCUUACGGCUACGAGUACCUUGGCAACAGCAUGCGGCUAGUUGUCACCCCGCUGACUGACCGCUGCUACCGCACCCUCUUCGGCGCCCUCCACCUCUCCCUGGGAGGAGCCCCGGAGGGCCCGGCCGGGACCGGGAAGACUGAGACGGUGAAGGAUCUUGCCAAGGCGAUUGCGAAGCAGUGCAUCGUCUUCAACUGCAGUGACGGGCUUGACUACCUUGCCAUGGCGAAGUUCUUCAAGGGGCUUGCGAGCUGCGGGGCCUGGGCCUGCUUCGACGAGUUCAACAGGAUCGACCUGGAGGUACUUUCUGUGAUCGCACAGCAGAUCCUCUCUCUCAACGACGCGAUCCGCCGCGGCCUCCCCCGCCUGCUCUUCGAGGGCAGCGACAUAGUCUGCAUCAAGGGCUACUCGUCCUUCAUCACCAUGAACCCCGGGUAUGCCGGUCGCUCCGAGCUCCCCGACAACCUCAAGGCUCUCUUCCGCCCUUGUGCGAUGAUGGUGCCUGACUACGCCAUGAUAUCUGAAAUCUGCCUCUACUCCUACGGCUUCUCCGAGGCCCGCGACCUCGCCCGCAAGCUAGUCAAGAGCCUCCAGAUCUCCUCGGAGCAGCUCUCGUCCCAGGUCCACUACGACUUCGGCAUGAGGGCUGUCAAGUCGAUCCUGACGGCUGCUGGGCUGCUGAAGCUCAAGUACCUGGAGGAGAGGGAGGAUGUGCUUGUACUGCGAGCUAUCAACGAUGUGAACCUUCCCAAGUUCGUCGACGCAGACCUGCCGCUGUUUGAAGGGAUCACCUCCGACCUGUUCCUUGGGCUGAAGAUCCCCUCUCCCGACUACUCGAUCCUCAUGGAGGGGAUGCAGCAGGCGUGCGGGGAGCUGACCAAGAAGAGCCCAGAGACGCACGGGUUUGCUAAUGUCCAGCCGACGGCGAACCUGCUCAAGAAGUGCAUCCAGCUGUACGAGACUAUCACAGUGCGGCACAGCCUGAUGGUGGUAGGGCUCACAAUGUCGAUGAAGACGAGCGUGUUCAAGGUCCUUCAGCACGGUAUGUGCAACGUAGAGGACAAGAGCAAGUUCGAAGACGUGCUCAUGUACAGCCUGAACCCCAAGUCCAUCACCAUCGACCAGAUCUACGGCAACUUCGACCCUGUGUCGCGCGAGUGGAUCGAGGGCAUCGGAGCGUCGCUAGUGCGCAAGUGUGCACAGAUGGAGACGAGCGCUGAGCUCAAGGUGAAGAGGAAGUGGAUCAUGUUUGAUGGGCCCGUGGACGCGAUCUGGAUCGAGAACAUGAACACUGUCAUGGAUGACAACAAGAAGCUCUGCCUCAACUCAGGGGAGAUCAUCAAACUCACCAGCACUAUGACCAUGGUCUUCGAGCCCGAGGACCUCGCUGCCGCCUCCCCCGCCACCGUCUCGAGGAACGGCAUGGUGCUCAUGGAGCCGCAUAUGUUCCAGUGGCAGGAGCUGCGAGACUCUUGGUUCGAGACGCUCCCCCCGAGCCUGGAAGGGAGCAAGGCGCAGAUCAGCAAGCUCCUAGACCACUUCGUCCCUCCCCUCCUCCGCCUCCUCCGCAGGGAGUGCAAGGAGCCGGUGGUGACCAAGGAUACUGAGCUGGUGAUGAGCCUCUUCAAGCUGUUCAAGUGCAUGCUGGACUCCUUCUACGACCCGGAGGAAGCCGGCAAGAUCGGGCCCGGGGACGCGGCGAAGCGAGUGGACGGAGGUUUCUUGUUCUCACUGAUCUGGUCAGUAGGAUGCAGUACAGACCUCAAGGGGAGGAUGUCGAUGACUGAGACGCUAAGAACCCUCCUCUCCUCCCCCGAGGCCCCGAAGCUGACUGCUCCUCUCCCCGACAAGGGGUCCAUGUACGACUGGUGCUUCGACCAGCACAAGGGACGGUGGUUGGGCUGGCUGGAGACGAUCCCUUCCUACUCGAUACCCGCAGGGACUGAGUUCCAAGACAUCCUCGUCCCUACGAUGGACACAGUCAGGUACACAAGCAUCAUGACGACGCUGCUGAGCAACGACUACCACUGCCUGUUCGUCGGGGACACGGGGACGGGCAAGUCAGUCAUGGUGAAAGACAAGCUGAUGAGGGGGAUGGGAGAAAAGUUAGUCCCUCAUUUCAUGAACUUCUCAGCUCAGACCAAGGCCAAUCAAACUCAGGACAUCAUCGAUGGCAAGGUGGACAAGAGGAGGAAGGGAGUGUUUGGACCUCCCCUGGGCAAGAAAAUGGUCGUCUUCGUCGACGACCUCAACAUGCCGGCCAAGGAGACGUACGGCGCUCAGCCUCCUAUCGAGAUCCUGCGGCAAUGGAUGCACUGGGGAGGCUGGUGGGACAGGAAGGAGAUAGAGUGGAGGACCUUGAUAGACAUGGUGUUUGUCUCCUGCAUGGGGCUGCCGGGAGGAGGGAGGACGCACAUAACUUGCAGGUACACGAGGUGGUACAACAUCAUCAGCGUCACUCCAAUCGACGAGGAGGGGAUGAGUAGGAUCUUCAGUACGAUCCUCAACUGGUUCAUGCAGCAGUUCCCCUCCAUCUCUGCCGGGGCCGUGGUGAACCCUGUGGUCCAGGCUACUCUGGAAGUCUUCACGACUGUCUCCAAGGAGCUCCUUCCUACUCCGCUGAAAUCUCAUUACACCUUCAAUCUACGCGACCUUGCUAAGGUA